GGGUUGAGUCAACCAAGAGGCCACGCCCGACCGACGGCGACUUCCUAGCUCAGAUGAGUCUAUAUUAGUGCAGGGUGAAUUUCCCCCCCUAAAGGAAAGAGACCUGCCUAUAAGUGGGGGGUGCAAAAUGAGGAGACCCCCCCGGGCUGCUCUGCGGGUGGUCUUCCUGGACUACCUGGCCUUUUACCGCACCAACUGGUCGGAAGGGAAACUUUCCAUCUGCAACGAGGCGGCCGUCAAGGCUCCCGCUCGGCGCUUCCUGGAUGCCGAGCCGUGCCCUUCGGAGGGCUUCUGCCAGUUUGACGUGUACGGCGUCGCGGCCAGGUGUUUGCAGGUGAAGCGCCAGCCGGGGGGGUUCGUCUUCCGACAGCUCAUCCGCGCUUUCGAGUUCCUGGAGCUGCUUUGCGUGAACCUCUUCCUCUCGCCUUGGAGGAAAGAAAUCCGGUCCUUGAAGACUUUUACAGGAAACUUUGUCUACUGCAUGCAGUCAAUUCUACCAGAAUGCAUCGUGGAAGAACUGCUAGCGAAAAUAGGCUACGUUGCAACAACAGCAACGGAAUUUUCCCUCAUCAGGAAGCUGAAAGAGGAAGAAGCUGAACAGGCUGCCUUUGAAAUAUUUCUUGCAAGAAUCGAAUGCGAAGACCUCUUGGAAAUCACAAAAGAAGUACGGGACAGUGACUUGGAGGAUGUCUUGCAGAAAAGAGCCCAAAAGCACUGGCGCCCAGAAGGAGAGGUAGACAGAACGUAUCAACCCUCCCAUGGAAAUGGGUACAUGUUGAACAAAGGAAGAAAUAAGAGACCAAGAUACUUUGGUACUCCACAGAUAUGCUUGACAAAUGACCAGCUGCCUUUUGAGAAAGCUGAAAAUACUGGGCUUGGAGGGGACCUUAGUCUCACAAUGACCACAGUCAAUCCUCAACAGGUUCUUUCCGAAUUCAGCAAUGAGCAAAACUCAAACCAAAGCCAAGGAGAUGGCACGACACCAUCUUGUGUCAAAAGCUCAGACAGUGAGGACUUCCUAAUCAAAUAUAGUGACAUUGUGAUUGGGCAGAAGCCUCUCCACCUGACCAAUCUCCCCCUGAAAGCAUCAGAGGAUAAGAGCUGGGCUACCAAAUGCAGGAGGACCAUGCUGGGACCACCACCCAACACAUCACGCUCGCAAACGGCUCUGUCACCCAAUGCCAGUGGCCCACAGGCCUUAGCCAUUCUGAAUGACCCUGCUUUAGAAGGCAGGGAAGUCUCUUGUGACUACGGGACCCAAGAAUCCUCCCAAGAGGCAAUUGAAGCGAAUAUCAGAGAUGCCAUGAAUUGCCUGUCCAUCUGCGGAUCGUGUCCGGUGGACCAGCCCAAAGAACUGAAAGGAGAGAAUGUUGUACCGCGCAGCAACAAAUUACACAUUGUGAUGAGUUUAUCUCGAGGAGAGGAUCCUUAUGCCUCUAAUCAACGAAAAGUCAAGGAAGACAGUGAAGGUGAACUCAUUUAUCCGAUAGAAGAAACCACACAAGCAGAAUCCAUGAGAUAUGACACACCUCAGGAAUUCAGUCCCUCUAGGGUGAAACAUACAGCUGUACCUAGAGGAGAUAAAGAGGAUGUCAGCAUCGAUCUCUAUUCAUCAGAUCAGUUUCCUAGCACCACCCAGAAUGUUUAUCCCACCACUCAUUCGAAGUUUGAUGGACAUUUAGUGGGCACUUCAAGUCCACAUCAAGCCCUUGAGUGCUACAGAUAUACAAGAGAGCCGCCUGGUUCAACCUGUGCCAUCCUUCCAAGUAGUAAUGAGUUUCAGUUUCCUAGAAGCAUUCCAGAUCUGCAGGGCAGGGGUGACCUUGAAGGACAUUCUCUGCAGUCUUCUUUCACAGACGAGGUCAGCCUCCCGACCUGCAUUGUAAAAAUGAAUGAAACCACCCCAGAAGGCUAUGUGGUCAUAAGCAAAGAGUAAUAACAAACAGGAGGAGGUUACACAGAUAUGAAAAAAAAAAAAUACUAUGCAAGUAUCAUAACCCAAAAUAACUACAUCAAUAGGAUGUUUUCAAAAGUUUCACAGAAUUCAUACAAAAUCAUACAAAACAUGAAUCAUAAAGUCCCAAAAUAUUGAGAAAAUUGAGAAGUCAUUGCUCCUUAUAAUAACUUGUGGGAACUUUAUCAGCUGGAAAUCCUACAUGGAGAUUUUCGAUUUGGAAAUUCUAAUAUUUGGACACUUCUGUAAUUAGUGUUUGUCUUCCUUCUUGAUGUUCUAAAAGACUUGUGGAUAUUUUGGGACUCCACAUUGUAGUAUCUGUGACUCAUGUUUUGUGUGGUUUUUUUUUGCUGAAACUUUCAAAAUCAUUCUAAUGACAUAGCUAUUUGGGGUUACGAUAUUUGCAUAGUAUUUUUUCAUCGUAAUAAGCAAAAGGCAAGCAGUAGAUUGAAUACGUCUCUUGAUUUAAGUCCUUCGGAACCUCCCAUAGCCAAACACCAGGCAGGCUUUCUAGAAGUGAGUAUGAUGGAGAUGUGCCAAACUUGCACCCAGGGCUUUUUUUGUAGCAGGAACUCCUUUGCAUAUUAGGCCACACACCCCUGAUGUAGCCAAUCCUCCAAGAGCUUACAAUAGACCCUGUAACAAGAGCCCUGUAAGCUCUUGAAGGUUUGGCUACAUAAGAGGGGGUGUGGUCUAAUAUGCAAAACAGUUCCGGAUACAAAAAAGCCCUGGUUGCACCCAGCUGUUGUUUCCUUCUCCAACCAUUUGUCCCAAGCGCAGUGGCAAUUAGAAAAAGGGGAGCAGUAGCUACUCAUUCAACCUCUGAUCUCCCAUCCGCUCUGCAGUCUCUUUUGCUUGCAUCCUAUAGGCAGUGCCAUAUUUGUUCCAAGAUGGGAUGCCAAACAGAAGAGACAGCAGUGGAAAAGGUUCAGAAGACUACAAAAACUGGACCGAAUGGGAAUGCCCACAUCUCUUUCAAUUUGGGGCCCUGCACAAUAGCAGAGAACCAACAGUAUAUCUCACAGAAGGGGAGAUCUGAACUGAUGGUAUGUGAAUAAAAAGCACCUUGCUCUA